GUCUCUGGCGUUCCUGUCUCUGCUCAGUAAUCCAGGUGCAGAUUCUAAACUGUUGAGUGUUAAAUGAUACAUUUCUCAGCAACAUCUCUGGAGUAUUAGCAACCGUUGUAUCAAUUCUAACAGCUGCCUUUAAUGAAACCCAGUAGCGAUGUGUGAUUCGAGAAUUUCCCGAACCGCACCCGGUCCGGGCCUGCUCCUGCCCUCUUUUUAUAGACCCACGCCUGCCCCGCAGUAACAUCACAAAAGGGGCAGGGCAGGCGAAAGUCUAUAAAUUCCACUGCCAGAAGCCGACAAUACUAGGCAACGGGCAGGGAGAGCAAGAGCUCGACCCGAAGAUUUUGUGCAGGGGUCUGCCCGACCUCGGCCCGCACAUCACUAAAACCCAGGGAUUCUGCUCAGCAGGGACAAAGAUAAGAAAUCAACAAAAAAACUGUUUAUAGGGUCAGUGACCCCCCUUCCCAGAGUUGCUUUAGAAGGUGAAAAAUUAAACGUUACACUUCAAUAUUUGAAAAACACAUAGAAAAUAGAAAGUAAUGAUGAAAAAAGUAUUUAUGGUGAACAAUCUGGAACCAACUGAACUGAAAAAAGUAUUGGAAAGUGAACAAUCCCUUUAAAAUAACAACCCUAUCCAGAUUUGGUGGGGUGGAGAGGAGUUACCUGCAUUGAAACACUAUGAAAGAAAAGAUAUAAAUAUGGUCUAACUAAAUAUGAAAAUGAAUUGUCCUUGUUUCAUGUGUUUUUCAUUGUAUACAAACUCCAGGUCUUUAGAUGUGUUCAGUCUGUGGGACAAAGACAUAUCCAGCCAUGUCUUGCUUUCGAUUGGUGAUGAAGGUUGCAUGCAGGCGUUUGUUCUUGUAUCACGUAAAGGUCCUCAUCUAUUCAUAUUCCUACGUCUCUUUGAAAAAUUGGACCCUAACCACCAGAUUGUCGAAAAUGUCCCACUGGAGAGAUGCUAAAUAAUUCCAAAAACCACAAAUAAGAUAAAAUGAAGACCAACUGCAAAUUGUCUCAGAAUAGAGUUUUCUACGUCCUACUAAAAGUUAAUGAAAAGCCUCACUGGGGGACGGUUGUGUUUUGCCGGAGCGGGCAAAGAAAGGCUUUCUUACAGGGAAGGUUUUCAUCCAAAAUACCGGCAUGGAACCAUGAGAAGAAAAAGCAGAGUAAUGCAUGGAAGGGCCGCAGAGACAAUUAACUCCUCUUCUCACUCUGAUACAACGUAAACUAAAGAAGAAGAAACCAACCUGCCCAAAAUUACCCCUCACUCCGGGAUCCGGCUUUCAUUUACUUUUUCUUAAUGGGACUAAACCGUCCCCCAGGAAUCCUUCAUUAAAUUAUUGGGGUGUUUUUCUAUCUCUUAUGAAAUUGCUGCUGAAAUCUAGGGGAAAAAAUUAGCAAAGAAAAAAUAAUUACGAAAAAAAAAAAACACUGAUUAUAAAACUUUGAAGGGUUUUAACAUUAAUAUAUUUUUCCUUUCCAAGUAAUUUAUUUGAAAUAUCGAGAGGUUUAAAUAUUUAUAUAAUUUGAUUCGCACCUAUUAUAUCACUGGUUAGCGAGUUUUUUUUUUCUCCGUUGAGCAGGACUCCCGGGGAGUAAACAGUGGAAUUUUCAUGUUCUAAUUUAUUUUAAAAAGGAAAGAAAAAAAAAAAAAGUAAUUUGUCGCUUGUUUGAAGAAAUUGACAGAAUGAGUGGAGGGAGAUUUGAUUUCGACGAUGGAGGAGCCUACUGCGGCGGGUGGGAAGGAGGCAAAGCCCACGGGAACGGGAUCUGUACGGGUCCGAAAGGGCAAGGGGAAUACUCUGGUUCCUGGAAUUAUGGCUUUGAAGUUGUAGGGAUUUACACCUGGCCCAGCGGGAACAUGUUUGAAGGAUACUGGUCUCAAGGUAAAAGGCAUGGACUGGGGAUCGAAACCAAAGGACACUGGGUGUACAAAGGUGAAUGGACUCAUGGAUUUAAAGGACGAUAUGGAGUAAGGCAGAGCAUGAGCAGCGGAGCAAAGUAUGAGGGGACGUGGAACAACGGCCUGCAAGACGGAUAUGGGACGGAGACCUAUGCUGAUGGUGGAACAUACCAGGGACAAUAUACAAAUGGCAUGCGACAUGGAUGUGGUGUUCGACAGAGUGUUCCCUAUGGAAUGGCAGCGGUGGUUCGAUCCCCUUUGCGUACCUCCUUGACAUCUCUACGUAGCGAGCACAGCAAUGGAGCACUAGUACAACAUGACAACAUAUCUGUUUCUCCGGAUAAUAUUGUGGCUCCCACCAUGAAUCGAGGGGGCUUUGCACUCUCACUCUACGCAGACACUGAGUCCCUCAAGGGCCAGAAGAAGGGCCUUUUCCGAAGAGGAUCGCUGUUGGGUAAGCUUAGAAAAUCAGAUUCAAAGACUUCUCUUUCCUCUCAGAGGAGCAAGCUGAGCUUCUUGAAGAGCGAAAGUGGGAUGAGUUCAGCCGCAAGCGAUGCCAACUCAACAGUGAGCUUUGGGGAUGGCACUGAAUCAGAAGAGUUUCCACCAGUCGACUCAGAUAUUGAUGCAACCACUACUGAAGUCUACAUGGGGGAGUGGAAGAACGACAAACGAUCAGGGUUUGGAGUGAGUGAACGAUCCAGCGGGCUGAAGUAUGAAGGUGAAUGGCUGGACAACCUAAGGCAUGGCUACGGUUGUACCACGUUUCCAGAUGGAAAGAAAGAGGAAGGGAAGUACCGGAACAAUGUUUUCAUAAAAGGAAUGAAAAAGAGAGUAAUACCUCUGAAGAGUGCAAAGAUCAGGCAGAAGGUUGAUAGCGCCAUUGAAGGAGCGUUGAGGGCAGCGGCAAUUGCCAGGCAAAAAGCAGAAAUUGCAGCUUCCAGGACCACUCACGCUAAAGCCAAGGCGGAGGGAGCGGAGCAGGCGGCACAAGCAGCCAAUAAUGAGUCCGGUAUAGCCAGAACCAUGGCGAGGGAGCUCUCUCCAGACUUCUACCAACCAGGGCCAGAAUACAUCAAGAGAAAGCUGCUUCAAGAAAUUAUAGAAAACGCAGAACAAAUGGAUCACAAAGAGCCUACAGCUCCGGCCAAUCAGGAACCACAAGCAACACCUUCAGAAAGUCCCCUGCUUCGUGUGAAGCAGACUUCAAAACGUGAAGUCUCCCCAGUGCGGACCCCUUCACCUACCUCUGUUGAAUCCCCUCCAGAUGCCAAAAAGCCUAAACAAAGUUCCAAGAAAGAGAAGGGACUGAGCCCCAACAACUGGAAUGGAGAUCAGAACCGUGCAGGGAGUAGAUCCAUCACCCCGUCCAAAAUAUAUGGGCAGGGAAACCAUACCAAAAUGAUACACAAAUUAGAAAACAAAUUGUCUGAUGCUGAUAUUGAGUUUCAUAAGGGCUAUCAUAGCUAUGCUGUUCGGACCUCCCCAGUGACUCCUCCACUGGAUUAUGAGGAGCAACCAUUCCCAUCACCAAAAGCAACUCCUGAAGCUAGAACCCCAGAUAUAAAAGAACAAGUCAAGGAUGUUGUACCAUCUUCCUCAAAAGACCAAGAUACAAAAGCAAAACCAGUCUCCAGGAGAUCAGAGAUUGGCAGAGAGUCUCAGCUAAAGCCAAAUGAUGAGCCAGAAGGAAAAGAGGAGAAGAUGCAAGCGAAGACCUUGUCCAAAUUAGACUCUAAAACUGACAUUUAUGAGACCAAGUCAGUCCAGAAGCCUGAGCCUAAAACAGUCCAAAAAUCUGAGCCUAAGGCGACGCAGAAAGCAGAACAAAAGGCUGCACCAAAACCUAAUGUGCCAAAACCAGAGACGAAGGCAGCACCAAAAGCCGCCCUUCAAAAACCUGAACCAAAGUCUGUGGCAAAGUCUGAGUCUAAGGUAUCACUGAAGACUGAAACCAAAAGUCUGGUUAAAAAGGGAGUCCAGGUUGCAGCGGUUACAAAUGCAGAGGAGGAGAUAGAAGAGAGACCUAAUACAAUCAUGAUCUGUAUGGUCAUUUUAUUGAAUAUCGGAUUAUCCAUCUUAUUUGUACAUUUACUGACAUGAAGUUAAGCUGAAAACUUUGAAUGCCAGCCAUGGGUUCUCACAAGCAGCCUUUCUGCUAGACCACGCAUGAUGAUGAUGAUGUCAAGAUCUUCAUGCAGGCGAUGAAGCAGCGGCAAGUCAUCGACAACUGAUUUCAUCUUCACCGCUCCUUUUUGGCUUGUUGUAUUGAAGCGAUGAGACCUCCCACCGCGCUCAGAAGCUAAGCUGGUUUUGUAUUUGGAAAGAGAAACAUUGAGUUAGGUUGACAUACAUCACUGACAAUACACGAGGAUUGUUUUCUUUUUGUAAUCUGUGAAUUCGAGCACUCGAGAGAAAAAUAUACCUUUUUUUCUUAAGAUACGAGUACUUACGUGUUAGGCACUCCAUAAAUGGAACUAUUAAAUGCGGAGAAAAAUCGUUAUCUUUUGAGAGACCCUUAAUCCAUUUACGCUUUUUUUGUUCUAAGUUUAAGACGUUGCUGACAAUUUGUUUUCUUGUGAGUGUGUGUGCCGGAUUUAGCGGUAGGAAUCAAAUGUUCAUUGAUCAGUUAUUUUUGAAGGCAGGGUGCAGCUAUAUAAAGAGCGGCAUUUUGGCUUAAAACCUUUAGACCUAAAGGGAAACCUAGACCUAAUGCAAGCAUUAGGGAAAAAAACAGAAUAAGCAGCGGAACUUCGCUGGGCCCCACCCCCUACAAAAGCAAUUUUUGCAGUGACUUCGUUAAUGAGUGAACCCAAGGGGCUGUGGGCCCUGGUGCAGUAGCACCCCCCGCACGCCCGUUAGUUCUGGCACUAAGAAUACGUACAAAUAGUAAAAACAUUUUUAUAACAUUUUUAACCAUUUCUGUGCUUGUUUGCACCCUUUUUUAAAAAUGGCUGCCCCAGUAUGAACUUGAUCUAUCCAUUUUGUUUACACUUUUAUUUCUAUAAAUCCAUAAACACACACGCAAUCCACCCCCAUGUCUUAAAUAUAG